GUGAGUAAAUGAGGCGGAAUAGUACUUCAUCACUGGCCAGGGAGAGAAGUCAUCUUGCAGCACUCAUCCUAGGGAGGGCAAAGGGAGACUUGCGAUUGUUUGUUGCCAGCAGGGAGACGAUGGCAAGGUGACCCGAAGGACGUAACCAGAAGGAAGUGACAGCAGAACGUCAACUGUCAGCAGAACAUAAUGACAGCAAUUCAGGAAUGAGGUUUUGUAACAGGAUGACCGCCACUGAUGAUCGCCAUUAAAAGAGUAUGAGGCCAACUACCGGACCUAAGCAACUUUCCAUCUAGCCCCAUCUCACUCUGUGACCCGAAGGACGUAACCAGAAGGAAGUGACAGCAGAACGUCAACUGUCAGCAGAACAUAAUGACAGCAAUUCAGGAAUGAGGUUUUGUAACAGGAUGACCGCCACUGAUGAUCGCCAUUAAAAGAGUAUGAGGCCAACUACCGGACCUAAGCAACUUUCCAUCUAGCCCCAUCUCACUCUGUCCCUGCAUAUGAUCUAUCAUGGACAAAGUGCUCAGCAGCCUCCUGCUUCUGGGAACCGCAGUGAUGAUGGCCCACGCAUGCCCCAAGUACUGUGUCUGCCAGAACCUGUCUGAGUCCCUGGGUACCCUCUGCCCAUCCAAAGGACUGCUCUUUGUGCCUCUGGACAUAGACCGGCGGACCGUGGAGCUCCGCCUGGGCGGAAACUUCAUCCUCAAGGUCACACCGCAGGACUUUGCCAACAUGACGGGCCUGGUGGACCUCACCUUGUCCCGCAACACCAUCAGCGCCAUCCAGCCUUUCUCCUUCCUCGACCUGGAGACCCUGCGCUCUUUGCACCUGGACAGUAACCGCCUGACCGAGCUGGGUCCGGAUGACCUGCGUGGCCUUGUCAACCUGCAGCACCUCAUCCUCAACAACAACCAGCUCAACCGCAUCUCCAAGGUGGCCUUUGACGAUCUGAUGCUGACACUGGAAGACCUGGACCUGUCCUACAAUAACUUGCGGGGCGUACCUUGGGAGUCCAUCCGCAAGAUGGUCAACCUCCACCAGUUGAGUCUUGAUCAUAACCUCAUCUCGCACAUCGCAGAGGGGACGUUUACAGACCUGGACAAGCUGGCGCGCCUGGACCUCACAUCCAACCGGCUCCAGAAGCUCCCGCCGGACCCUAUCUUCGCCCGUUCCCAGACUAACGUAAUACUGACCACUCCCUACGCCCCUCAGCUUUCCCUGAGCUUCGGGGGAAACCCACUGCAUUGCAACUGUGAAGUGCUUUGGCUCCGGAGGCUGGACCGAGAGGACGAUAUGGAGACCUGCGCUUCCCCUUCCAAUCUAAAGGGACGCUACUUCUGGUAUGUGCGGGAAGAGGAGUUUGUCUGUGAACCGCCCCUGAUCACCCAACAUACGCACAAGUUGUUAGUGCUGGAGGGCCAAACGGCUAGCCUGCGCUGCAAAGCUAUCGGUGACCCAAUGCCGAUCAUACACUGGGUCACCCCAGACUACCGUAUGAUUAGCAAUUCGUCUCGAGCGACUGUGUACGAUAAUGGCACCCUGGAUAUUACCAUCACCACGUCCAAGGAUUACGGCACCUUCACUUGCAUCGCAGCCAACGCAGCAGGGGAAUCGACCGCCUCUAUAGAACUGUCCAUCAUUCAACUGCCCCACCUCAGCAAUGGUACCAACCGCACCGCACAGCCCAAGUCCCGGCUCUCGGACAUCACCAGCUCUACCAAGACCAGUAAGGGGGAGUCCAAGCCUGCACCGGAAAAGGUGGUAUCCGUAUCUGAGGUGUCCGCAUCCUCUGCUCUGGUCAAGUGGACUGUUAGCAAAACAGCACCCAAGGUCAAGAUGUACCAGCUCCAGUACAACUGCUCCGAAGAUGAAGUCCUGAUUUACAGGAUGAUUCCCGUGGCCAGCAAAGCCUUCUUACUCACCAACCUGGUCCAAGACAUGCAGUACGACCUAUGUGUCCUGGCUAUCUGGGACGACACCGCCACUACCCUAACUGCCACCAACGUAGUGGGCUGUGUCCAGUUCAUCACCCGUGACGACUACCCGCAGUGCCAGUCCCUCCACAGCCAGUUCCUGGGCGGCACUAUGAUCCUGGUGAUCGGUGGCAUCAUCGUGGCCACGCUCCUCGUCUUCAUCAUCAUCCUCAUGGUUCGGUACAAUGUGUGCAGCAGCACCCAGUCCAGCAAGCUGCCAGUGGUUAGCAACACGUACUCCCAGACCAACGGUGACUUGAACCGGCUCAACGGUGCCCCACCACUGCAGGUCAAACCUCAGAUCACGACCACAGUGGUGGUGAUACGGGAUGAGGUGGUGGAAUGCAAAUGUGGCUCGCUCCAGAGCAGCCUCUCCUCGUCUUCAUCUGACUCGCUGGACAGUCGCAACGCUAGAGGCAGAUUAGGAAAUGGGGAUCGGUACAGUCUUCGGGACAGCGAGUUCAUCACACUCCCCAGCACCAGUAAUUGGAGGAGGCACGGGGGGCCAUCAUCGGCCAAGGCUAGGCCCAACUUGGACAACCUUUUAGGGGCCUUUGCUUCACUGGAGCUCCGGAGCUCGGCUACGACUAGGGACCAGGGGGCAUCUUGUUCCUCCACCACCACCUCCAGUUCAUUGGUGGCCGUGACCAUGGCCCCUCUGUCUGACAAGGAACCCUUGCUGGGCCGAGCCGAGUCCACCACCAUGCUGGGGCGUUUUCUAGGCCUGCCCCAGGAAGGGAAGCCCAAAAGGAGCCACUCAUUCGACUACGGCCACGUGGGUAGCAGCGGCGGCGCACAGAGCCUCAGCAACUAUCCCUGUCACAUCAGCAACAUCUGGACUAAGAGGAGCCUGUCGGUAAAUGGGUUGCUACUGCAGUACGACGACAGCGAAGACAGUGAGGGCGAAAAGGCGCCGUUCGAGAGUUCAGAGUGGGUGAUGGAGAGCACUGUUUGAGCACGGGUUUCGGUCGGACCAUGAGGUCAAAGGUCAAAAGAGAAACAGACUUUACAGAAAAAAAACAAGGGACCGAAGAGUGAUUUGGAAUAACACCUCUGGGGCAUCCACAGUGCUGUACUGCAUGAAGUUCAUCCAUGUGAAUACUAUUUAUUGUCCUUCUGUCCGUGAGAUUCUACCGAAACAAACACUCAGGUUGGUUGUUCCUAAGACUGUACAAAUCAAUCGCCAGGGUUGGCCACGCUCUCAAUUCGCUGGCAGGGAAGACUCCUGUCCUCAACCGCAUUUGAAAAAAUGUAUGCAUUACGGAACAAAGCCCCUAUGGAAUUGUGCAGAUACAGUAUAUGGAAUAAUGCCCGAUCCCGCUGAAUUAAUGUGGGAGUAUCUUUGAGAAACAGGGGAAAUAAAAGCGAGGAAUUCAAAGUGGAUUUCCCAUGUCUUUAUCUUUCGAGCUCUAUGCCAAGGGGAUUUACCGAGACUGGCAAAGUGGAUGUGCUACCCUCCUGUUGGUUUUCAAUCCCACCCAAUUUGUAACUAACCUGAUUCAGCUUAUCAACCAGCUAAUUAUUAAUCAGAUGCGCUAGAUUAGGGUUGGAUUGAAAACCUACAGGACGGUAGCUCUCCAGGAACAGCGUUGGAGAGCCCUGCUUCAGACUCGCAGCAUGAAAAUGGCACUUCAGUAGAGCAAUGGGAGAGCAAAUAUGUAACAAAAUGAAUAAUUUUUCAUGUUUCCUUUUGUUUUUUAUGUAAUUUUUACUAUCAAUUUUAGAUGUCACUAUUGAGAGUUCUACUUUAUGCAUAAAUAAACAAAACAAUAUAAAUUAUGGUAAAUCAAGAAUAAUAUACUAAAUAUUUACCCAGUCCCCUCAGAAAGACAUUUCAUAACAGCCUGGUUUCUAUUUUGGCACAAACAUAAAGGAAAUCUUAGAUGUACACUAUCUGAUAACCCUGGUCAUUUAUUUCAAAACAUCAAUGGUUGGUUCAUUAGGGGCAUUGUGAUAAUAAAAUAUGUAGAGGUUGACUUUCAAAAUAGUCACAUUUUCUACCUCAGGUUCUAAAUAAUAUGAAAUAUAUAGCCUGAAUACAGUGGAUUAUUUCAGAAAUAGUAUAUCAUAUGAAAAUAAUCUUCCUUAUUUGUCAAUUUCCUGGAGAAUCACUCAAUGCAAUUAUCAAUCAAAAUCCCUUUUGGUGUAUAGGCCAUUGAUUUGUUUUGCCCCAGAAUGAUACACAAGCCAUGUGUUUCACAGUAGAGACUUAUUGAGAACCCUCGACAAUUUAAAUUAAUGUCAUCAUGCUGCUGUAAUCCAAUUUAUGAAAAAUGAAUUUAAUACGAAAGGGAAGGAGAAGGAUAUUUAUCUACAAAUGUAUAAAUAAUUAUACAGUGUCUGUCUGAAUACACAGAACCAUGUUGGUUUGUUUGUUAAGAUAUCAAACGUCUAUUGGUUUAUUUUCUCAUUUCAUCCUCUAAUAUUAGUCUAUUGUCUCCACGUUACAGUAACAGACUGUGAAUGCGUAUGUAUGAAGUUGCAUAGGAACGUGAUGAAUUAUAAAAUGUGUUUCUAUCUGAACUACUGCCAAUGUGAUCAGCUCAUAACGAUGAGUCCUCUCUAGAAUGGUGUGCAGAUUCAGAUGCCUUUUAAUGUUCUCUUUGACUCUCUGCUGCAUUACAAUAUAGUUUUUUUCAUAUUUGUUUUAUUUGUUACUUCUCUUGGUGUAUACUGUUCUGUAUAUAUGACAUUUUUUGUACAAUAACUAUGGGUGAGAAUGUAAAAAGGGGAAACUGUGCAGUAGUACUUUUUAUUUUGUUGUUCAGCAAAAAUGAGAAGGUGCUUUACUGUGGUUUUACAACAUGGAAUGUGUUUAGUUGGCGCAAUGGAAGGUGACGCUGUAUAACGGCGCAAAUAGAAAUCUGUAAUAAAGCUGUGUCUGUUCUAGAUAUUAUAUUUCUACAUUCAAUGUUGCGUGGUCAUCUUCCAUUUUGUUAAUCAACAACAACCCUAUAAGUGUGUACUUGAUGUGAGAAAGUCACGAUUCUGACCUGAGGUUGUAGAAAAGAGAAAAAAAUGAAUAUGUGUUUAAACAUUUUUGCUACAAAAGAAGA